CCGAGAACGUGGGGUAGAGAUGGCUGGAGCUUUCUGCAGUCCCAGCUUAGAGUUUUUUGCUGUCAGAGACGGACACCCGGCCCAAAGAAAGGAAAUGCUUGCAUUUUCUCACUUUAGGGGUCUGGACGCCCCCACCUCCAAGCCCGGGAGGCCGCCAGCCCCAGCCCCGGCGUCCUGCGCUAAGUGAGAGAGGAAGGGAGGGAACAAUGAGCUGAGAGCCGGGAAUGUGCCCCCAGCGCCUGUUUACAAACACGGAGCUAUUUAUGAACGCCGGAAAGCGAAACCCGACGCGGGCUCGGAGCGGCCCAGACCUCGCGGGCGGAGCCGGGGCCGGGGCGCCGCGGGGAGGGAGGCUCUUUUUCCGAUCCGUUUGGGACAGGGCGGCCGUGCGCCCAGGGCGCGGCGCGGCGAGGCCGGAGCGUUCGGCUAGGGCUACAGCCGCGCCGCCUUUGUCUUCUAGGCGCGGAGGGGCUCCAGCCGUGGCCGUGCUGGGGCCUGGAUGGACCUGGCGCCCCCAGCUUUUCCCUGGCUACGCCGGGCGCUCUCCUCCCAAACACCCCCCCCCCCCCGGUCCCCAUUCCGUUUUCCUGUCCUCAACCCCGGCUCAGGGAAAACUCUCAGUGUCAAAGAUAUUCACUUCGGGAGCUGCGGUUUCAGACAAAAAGCUGCCCCUAUCCACAACUCGGAGGCUCCAACCAACCACUGAUUUUAACUUUCUCCCUUUAAAUACCAGCUCGCCCGACUCUGAUCUGCCGAGUUGGCUCAGCCGCAGGAGCUCCACCAGUCGGGUGAAAACCUCACAUCUCGGAGCAGGGCUCGCAGCUCGCUUGGCUCGGAGCAGGAUUUUUUCCCCCCCUCCCUCCAGCUGAAACCUCGCAGAAAACUCCCCCU